ACAUCAAGCGCUGCGUGUAACGUUAUAAAUAACUGUGAUUUCGACUCUUUUGUGUUAUAUUUACGGUACAUGAAGGUUUUCUCGAUUUUUUGCGUUGGAUUCAUCAAGUCAUUCACAGUUUCAAAGCAAACGAGAAGAAAUGUAAGAAUAUCGUGUUUAAAUCUGAGUUUUUUGUGUUCAGAUGUUGAGGAUGACGUCACGGGUGGAUGUGAUGUGCUGUAAAUCAGUAGGAACUGAUCUGUCCAUGCUGGAUAUUGAUGAUUUCAUCAUAGAAAUCUGUCAGCUGAAGAAAGAGGUGGAGUUACUGGAGGAAAAGCUGAGAACAAGAGGAGAUGAACUCAACACUGAGGAUGUGUCGGAGGUUUUGUGGAGUCAAUCUUCAGUCUGUGUGAAUGAUGGGAGCUUCAAAGAAUCUCUGUAUUCAGUGUGGAGCAGCGGAGAUCAGAUCACACCACAGCCACUGCUGGACAAACUCUCUGAAAAGAAAUCCAGCCUCACUUUACUCUGUUAUACUGACACAAACCCCACAGACGCUCAGGACACUGCGUGUGACAGUAAUCACACAUUGAAUCAGGAUGAAUCUACUGAUCAAACCUCCACAGAGUCUCUGGGUUCUGUCUGUAACGCUGGAGAACAGCAGACCCUGAACACCAUACAACUGAAGAUGUGUUCUGUCAAACUGAUGGACUGCAGGAAACUGAUGGAGAUGAAAACAGAACUCACACCAGAGAAAGAUCAAACUGAUGAAGAGGAGAAUCAUGAGGAUUUUGUUCCUUCAGUCAGUCUUGAAAUAAAAACAGAACCCAAAUCAGAGGAAGAACCAACUGAAGAACAUGAGAAUGAUGAUUUUAUUCCUUCAGAUGAGAGGAUUGAUUCAUGUGUUGAUGGAGAAAUGGCCUCUACGUCAAAACAGCGACUGACAGCACAAACUCUUUCCCGCAUCACCUGUGGGAAGACAUUCAGUUCACAGAGACAUUUCAAGACACUUGAGAGAAAACACACAGAACAGAAACUCUUCACCUGCACCAGAUGUGACAUCAGCUUUCCUACCUCACAAGAGAAGAAACUUCAUUCACAAGAGCACAGAGACAAGAAACACUUUCACUGUGAGCAGUGUGGGAAGAAUUUUCUCUCGUCUUCUCGUCUGAAAGUUCAUGUGCGGACACACAGCGGUGAAAAGUCUUUGCACUGCAGUGAAUGUGACAAAUAUUUCAGCACCAAAGCAAAUCUUGUUCUUCAUCAGAGAAUUCACACUGGAGAAAAACGCUGUGAGAAGAGAUUCGUAAGUCUUCAGACUCAUCAGAAGAAACACGCUGAAGAACAAACUGAUCUAAAGUCAAACCAAACUACACAUACCAAGGAGAAACUCUUUCAAUGUUCAAAAUGUGAGAAACGCUUCCGUCAUAAAUCUCAUCAGAUAACUCAUGAGAGAACUCACACUGGAGAAAGACCUUACCACUGCCCUCACUGUGGAAAGAGCUUUUCCUAUCAAUAUUCUUUAAGAGUUCAUCUGAGAAUUCACACUGGUGAGAAUCCUUAUCAGUGCAGUGUUUGUGGGAAGAGUUUUAAUCAACAUAAUAAUUUAGUGAGACACCAGAGAAUUCACACUGGAGAGAAACCUUAUCACUGCAGUGUUUGUGGAAAGGGUUUUACUCAACAAACUGGCCUAGUAAAUCAUCAGAGAAUUCAUACAGGUGAAAGACCCUUUAAAUGUUCUCAGUGUGACAAGUCAUUUGAUCAAGUGAGUUCCUUGAAAACCCACGAGGAAACUCACACCGGAGAGAAACCUUAUCAGUGCUCGAGGUGCGGAGAGAGCUUCACUUAUUUAAGACAUCUUCAGACUCAUCAGAAGAAACACGCUGAAGAACAAACUGAUCUAAAGUCACACAAAACAACACAUACCCAGGAGAAACGCUUUCAGUGUUCACACUGUGAGAAACGCUUCCGUCGUAAAGCUAAUCGGAUAAUUCAUGAGAGAGUUCACACUGGAGAGAAACCGCAUGUCUGCCCUCAAUGUGGAAAGAGCUUUUCCAAUCAAAGUACUUUAAGAGUUCAUCUGAGAAUUCACACCGGAGAGAAACCUUAUCAGUGCAGUGUUUGUGGGAAGAGUUUUAAUAGUCAUCACAAUUUAAUGAGACACCAGAUAAUUCACACUGGAGAAAGACCUUAUCUCUGUAAAGUUUGUGGAAAGGGUUUCACUCAACAAGCUGGACUAGUAAGACAUCAGAGACUUCAUACAGGUGAAAGACCCUUUAAAUGUUCUCACUGUGACAAGUCAUUUGCUCAAAUGAGUGCCUUGAAAAACCACGAGAGAAUUCAUAUUGGAGAGAAACCUUAUCAGUGCUCGAGCUGCGGAGAGAGAUUCACUUAUUUAAGACAUCUUCAGACUCAUCAGAAGAAACACGCUAAAGAACAAACUGAUCUAAAGUCACACCAAACUACACAUAUCGAGGAGAAACGCUUUCAGUGUUCAUACUGUGAGAAACUGUUCCGUCAUAAAGCUAAUCGGAUAAUUCAUGAGAGAACUCACACCGGAGAGAAACCUCACCAGUGCUCGAGCUGUGGAAAGAGCUUUUCUCAUCCAAGUUCUCUUAGAGUUCAUCUGAGAAUUCACACUGGAGAGAGACCAUAUCAGUGCAGUGUUUGUGGAAAGGGUUUCACUCAUCAAACUGGCCUAGUAAAUCAUCAGAGAAUUCAUACAGGUGAAAGACCCUUUAAAUGUUCUCAUUGUGACAAGUCGUUUGCUCGAAUGAGUGCCUUGAAAAACCAUGAGAGAAUUCAUACUGGAGAGAAACCUUAUCAGUGCUCGAGCUGCGGAGAGAGAUUCACUUAUUUAAGAAGUCUUCAGACUCAUCAGGAGAAACACGCUGAAGAACAAACUGAUCUGAAGUCACACCAAACAACACAUACAGAGGAGAAACUCUUUCAAUGUUCACACUGUGAGAAACGCUUCCGUCAAAAAGCUAAUCAGAUAAUUCAUGAGAGAACUCACACUGGAGAAAGACCUUUUCUCUGCCCUUACUGUGGAAAGAGCUUUACUCAGCCAAGUUCUUUUAGAGUUCAUCAGAGAAUUCACACUGGAGAGAAACCUUAUCAGUGCUCGAGCUGCGGAGAGAGAUUCACUUAUUUAAAAAGUCUUCAGACUCAUCAGAAGAAACACGCUGAAGAACAAACAGCUCUGGAAAUAUUAUAGCUUCUAUAACCUGGAAUAAUUUUACUCUCAGUAUUUUUCUGUGAUAUACGUUCAAAUAAAAAUUAUUCUGCAUGUCUUUCCUCAUGUACGAAUGAAAAUGAAUCUGUUUAAUGUUAUUUGUAUGAUUAGUAGCGUCUUUUGCUUAUGACAGUUUGUAGUUUAGAUGAGGAUGAUGACACAAGGUGGUUUAACUUGAGCGGCAUAAUCUGUGGUUGUCUCGGGAUAGGGGAGGAGGGCAGAAAGAGAAUCAUCAGCAUAGCCGUAGCUGCUGUUCAUUACUUUUAAUGAUAAUACUGGCCUGACCUGAAUGAACUAAACUAAUCAAUCAGGCUUAAAUGGGUUUCAUAACAUUUAACUUUAGUUCAUGUGAUCAUACUGAUUCAAUCAAGGCUCAGUUAGUCAAGAUAAUAGCACACACAAGAUAUUAAAGGGAUAGUUCACCCAAACGUGAAAAUUCUGUCAUCAUUUACUCACAUUCGAGUUGUUCCAAAUCUGUACAAACCACCAAGCUGGAAGACAAAGACAGUUCACUUUUCUUCCCAAAAGUGACAUCCCCUGAUUGAGUCAUCGUUACAGUUUAAAGAGAUCAUAGUCUCUAUAGUUUCGGGUCCUCUUUUUCUGUUCCAUCUCUUCCGCUUCACUCGGCCUUUGUCGUUUCUACAAGGACCCUGACCCCUAAAUCUGUGCCAGGCUACAAGCUCUGUAGAAGAUUUUAUACCUAAAGAGAUAAAUAAUGAGAAGUUGUGUAUUUAAGAUGGCUCAAAGGAAGAGAAGUUCCUUUGCAAACCAACUCAACUGCCAACGGCAUCAAAACUUGUGACUGAAGAUUAUUUUCUACAAACAAAGAAAAAGGCACAACACCUCCACCCAAGAUCAGCUGAAGCCUCAACAAACUGCAUCAGGACACUUUCUUUCCUUUUAUGGGCAAGUAUCAUAAUGAGGCUUAUUAAACAGUUCAUCAUAAAUCCAUUUCACAAAGAUGUCUUCGAAUGAAGAAACUGAUGGUCUGGUUCAGGCUGUUGAUCUGCUGAAUUUCAA